UUAUAGUGUUUGAGCGCGAAUGCUCGUAAGAGUCUUCGUUCAUGGCCGUUACACAUGUGAUCUUUGACUUCGAUGGCCUUCUCGUUGACACCGAAAGCUGCUAUAUAAUUGCUAAUCAGAUAUUAUUUCGGAAGUUUGGCCUUGAAUUCACAGAUGAGCAUAAUUCAAUAAUCAUGGGCAGAAAAGAGACUGAGGGAUUUCCUGAUCUCAUAAAAGCGGCUGGUUUGGCGGACAAGAUCACCUGGAACGACUAUUUGGCACAAUUUGAUGCUGAGCUAUUGAAUCUUUUUCCCACUUGUAAAGCGAUGCCUGGCGCAGUAAAGCUAGUGCGGCACCUGACCAAAAAAGGAAUUCCCACAGCGAUAUGCUCAGGAUCCAGGAUUGAAACAUGGCCAGCACGAAGAGAACCUCAUAAAGAAUGGUUAGAUCUUAUUCCUAUAAAGUUUUUCUGCGGCAAGUAUCCGAACAUUCGAGGCAAACCUCAUCCGGAUCCAUUCCUGGAAACCAUGAAGAGGUUUCCAGUUCAACCCAGCGAACCUAGUAAAGUACUUGUUUUUGAAGAUUCUCCAAACGGAGGUCGAUCGGCUAAAGCAGCUGGAAUGAAAUGCAUUAUGGUACCUAGCGAAGCGAACCGAAAGGAAGCACUCGCUAUUGGUGUUACGCAAGUACUGCACAGCCUUGAAGAAUUCCAACCUGAACAAUAUAGUCUUCCGCCCUAUGAUUGAUACAAGUCAGAUUUGAAAGUUUUUACUCAUAAUAAUUGUCACAAAAACAAUCACGAUUAUAAAGAUUUUAAG